CAUCAUUCCACUUGCCUCUCAUACUUUUGGCCUUAUCCCAUAGUUUUUGCCUACAUAAACUGCAUAAACUGCAAAGGCGACUAGAACCCUCAUCCCAUACUUUUACUAAAAUCCUGAAUUUAAUUAGCCACUACUUUCGUCUAACCAUGGAUUCUCAGACUAGAAAAGAAAGCAUUUGCACCUCCACCAUGAUUGAGCAACCAUGCUCAAAUCCUCGUUGUUUCUUUUGCAUCCUGAAGGAACCAAAAUCAUCUAUCAGGAGAGGAGGGAUUAAGAGAUGCUUCGAAGAAAUGCCGGUGUCUGACAAUGAAGAACAUGUUCUUGUGCUAAGCGCUCUGUGGAACAUUGCUAUGACUCAUCCUAAUGAUCCAGAAUUUCCGACUCUUGGUAUUUUUAAGUGCAUGGCCAAUUUAAUAUCCAGAGGCAUCAAUGACAGAGCCUGGCUUCUUGCUGGUCAAAAUAUAUACCUACCAUACUAUGCAGCUCAUAUCAUUGGUUCUUAUACCAUGAACAAGGUUGAGUUUGCUGAGAAAGCUGUGGAAUCAGGGGUGAUCACCCCACUGAUAGAGCUUAUGAGUGGAAGAAUGACAUGGGUUGAACAAAGGGUUGCAGUUAGAGCCCUCGGACACCUUGCAAGCUAUGACCAAACCUUUGAAGCUGUGGCGAAACAUGAAGAGAUAACAAAGAUGGCCAUCAGUUUAGCUUCCACUUGCCUAGGUUCAGUGUUUGAUAUGUUUGUCGGAGUGAAGGACAAGAACAAGAGGUUAAACUAUCACUGUGACUUGCUGACAAGAGGCAUUGGAGGAGUAGAGCUCCAGAAUAGGAAGGCUGAGGAAUGGGCUAGCCAAAUGCAGUGCUGGUCUAUACAUCUCUUGAACUGCUUUGCUGUUAAAGAGAGGUCUAUAGAUAUCAUCUGUACGCGAGGUUUCCUGGAAGACCUGUGUGAAAUGUGGGGUGGAUUGGUAAAUCACACAUCCCCUGCAGGUGUAGGACUCAUUAGAGUUUUAUGUUACACAAAAGCUGGAAGAAGAGGAGUUGCAGAGUCUAAAAAGGUCAUCAAGAAUCUCUGUAAUCUCUCGAGAUCUUCAGAUGAUUGGCAAUACAUGGGAAUUGAUUGUUUGCUGUCACUCCUCAAAGAUCCAGAAACAAGGCACAAGGUUAUUGAAAUUGCCAUAUUUUUUCUCAUCGAUCUCGUUGAACUUAGAACCCUCAAAGAAAGAUCAAAUGUAGGGGAGACAAUCACAAGAACCCUUCUUCUCGAUUUCAAGGAAAGCAAUUCCAAGAUCAAGAUUGACAGAGUGCAGAAAGCCUUGCAGGAGAUUUGGGUUCUGAAGGUUGACAAAAGGAAGAAGGAGAACCUCAUGUCGAGAGAGAAAACUGAAGAAACAAAGGUUAUGGUAAGUCUGAUAAAACAACAAGGCAAUCAAAGUUUUGUAUUGGGAAAAAUUGAAGAAGCAGCUCUGAGGUAUACAGAGGCCUUAAAGAUAUGCCCAUUAAAAUUCAGAAAAGAAAGAACUGUUCUUUAUAGUAACAGAGCUCAGUGUCACUUAUUGCUCAGUGACUGUGAUUCUGCCAUCAGUGACACAACGCGAGCUCUUUGCCUGUCAAACCCUCCAAACUCCCAUCCGAAAAGCCUCUGGAGAAGAUCACAAGCUUACGAUACGAAAGGCAUGGCACUAGAGAGCCUAAUGGACUGCCUCAUGUUUGUAAAUAGCUGCUGUACUAAACCAACUAAGGAUGUCAAGAUUCCAUACUAUGCAAUGCGCAUGAUCAGCAAGCAGAUGGAGGCCACUUGCAUUUUCGCAGCCUCACGGGCAAAGUUAACCAACACUUAUGUUAUCAGAACUCAUGAAUCUGGAAACGAGAAUGUAGAUUUCAUACAUGACAAUGGAGUGAAGGGAAAGAUGAUAGAGAACAAGGCUUUCAUGUCAAGUCUGUCCACCAUCUUAGAAGAGCCUUUUACUAGUAACGGUGGGAGUUCGAGUAGAAGAAAGUUGGAAAGAGCUAGAAGAAGAAAGAACUCUGCCUUGUCUUUCUCAUAUUAGGCAAACAUAUUUCGUCAGAUGUUAUGUAGCAUCGCUAAGCAGUUAAAAGCCGGAGCCGAACACUUUUUUUAAGCUACGUCAAACGACCCCGUAAUGUCGCAAAUCUGGAGCAGGAAUAUGAUAACAGAGUUGUUAGUAGUUCUUAAAGGGUGUUUUUAUAUUUUUACACCUUGCUGCUCAUAAUGAACUGAACUGUAACACUUCGCACUCAUUAUAUGUU